AUGUUCUUUCGCAUUCUCGCACUCCUUCCCCUCGUCUCUCUUGCUACCGCAGACCCUCUCGUUGGUCGUACCGAUUUUGAGCCCCUCUCUGAUGCUCUCGGUAAAGUCAAUACGACGAUGAGCGAGCUGAACAGCGCUUGCACCACCUUUCAAAUGGCGGCCAACGCCGACGGCGCCCAGAAAAUCUGCGCUAGAGCAACCGACUACGUUUCGGCAAUCGAGUUUGCCAUCCAGGCGAUCCCGAGCGACUGUUCUUUUCCGGCGACCGACUACGUGACAACGGUCAACCAAGCCAAAGAUAUAGCGCCCUCUAUGCCGACCACUGCUGAAUGCUUGACCGAUUCGGAGCCCUACCUCCCUGAAGCCGACCCCGACUGUCCGAUCGCCGAGACGAUCACAAUGGAGAUGGAAGCUCUGAUGGAUAAGCUCUCUACUUGUCGUCCGGUAAUUAUUUUAACUGCUUUAUAUGAACGGUACAGAGCUGAUGAGGGUCGUACAUAG